AUGACCACACUACGCCACCCAGACCCAGGCCUCUCUAGGCAAUUGUUAGCCCGACUGAGUGAGCAAUGGCAAGAGGUUUCCCUGUUGAGCACGGCCAAAUGUGCUGUCUUGCUUUUGGUAAUACGAUGGAUUGCCGUCGUCGUGUAUCGCCUGCACGUCCAUCCACUCGCCAAAUACCCCGGCCCCUUCCUCUGGCGGAUCAGCAUUCUCCCCAGUUUGUAUUAUGCAUGGACAGGAGAUCGACAUCUGGUGGUCGAUAAACUCCACAAGAAAUAUGGCAAGGUACUGCGACUCGAGCCAAAUCUCGUCUCAAUCUGCACCCCAAGCGCAGUACAGACCAUGUAUGGCCCAGGGACCAAAUUCGAAAAGGCUAUGUUUUACACCCGAGGACCCAAAGAGAAGCAGCUGCUCGUGAAUUUAGCGAGUACAACCGACAAGACUGUCCAUGCGCGGAAACGCCGGAUCAUCUCCCACGCCAUGAGCGAGGCUUCCAUUCGAUCUUACGAGCCUGUCAUUAUCGACAAAAUCCAGCUGUUCUGCAAACAGCUCAGCGAUCCCGAUACCUUUGGCGGUCCGUACAAGAAUAUGUCUCGGUGGUUCUCGUAUCUCACGUACGACAUCAUGGGCCAACUUACCUUCAGUCAGAGCUACGACAUGUUGACCAAGGACGACCACCAUUUUAUACAACCUUUGAUUGACUCCUACCAACACAGCCAGGUGAUUCUAGGGACAGAGCCGAAGCUGGAUCAAUGGGGGCUGGCGCCGCUAUUCUUGCUUCGGAUCAUGGCUGAGAACAAGAAAUUCAUGAAGUAUGUGCAAGACCAGGUGAACAAUCGUAUUGCGCUCGAGAAGGCUGGUCGAGGGCCUUCUGAUAUCUUCAAGCUGCUGCUGGGCUACAAGGACAAGGAAACCGGGGAAAGCAUGGGAUUCAAGGAGCUUUCCGAUGAAGCAGUCGUGCUGAUUAUCGCUGCCAGCGACACUACUGGAACCGCCCUCUCUGGUCUAUACUUUUACCUAGCCCGGUACCCUGAAUGCUACAGAAAGCUCGCGCAAGAGAUCCGCUCUCAAUUCACCCACACUGACGAGAUUGUCGGCGGACCCAAACUCCUGUCCUGCAAAUACCUCCGCGCUUGUGUCGAAGAAGCCCUCCGCAUGUCCCCCGGCGUUCCAGGAUUUCUCACCCGAGAAGCGCCGCAAGGCGCCUCAAUCGAUGGCCACUACUUUGCACCGAAUGUGCAAGUCGCGAUCCCCACUUGGACCAUCCAUCGCGAUUCAGAGGUGUAUCCGGAUCCGCAGACUUUCAAGCCGGAGCGGUGGAUGGUGGACUCGGAUGUUGAGUUGCAGCGGCUACGCUCUUGUUACUAUCCUUUUAGUAUGGGGACGCGCGGGUGCAUUGGCAAGAACAUGGCGUAUCACACCAUCUACCUGGCUGUUGCGCGGCUAGUCUUUCUGUUUAACAUGGAGGUGAGAGAUGAACUGCCUCUGGAGUUCCACGUCAAGGAUCAUUUUGCUGCUGGGAGUAAGGAUGGGCCGUAUCUGAAAUUUACACCUCGAAGCGAGAAGUAG